AUGGAAAUUUUUGCAACGGGUGAAUUAGAGGGAGAACUUAAACGCCUUGGAGGCACAGGCAAUGAAAGUGUCAAGCAGUUGUUAGAAAGAGGUUAUUAUGAUGUAGUCCAGCUCUUGAUUCGUCCGAAACGCGCACUUUAUCACAUGCAGGAACUUGGACCCAAAUGCUUUCAAGUCCAAGAACUUUAUGGACAUCUGACACAAAAUGGCGUGAUGGAAACAAGACGAAAAGAUUUUGACGUGAUCAAUGAACGUGGCUUGCGUGUAUGUUGCUCUCACUGGCAGCUCUUUUCUCUGAACGCAGAGCAGAGUAGCACACCUUUUGUCACACCUUGUUUAAUUUACUUACACUCUAAUAUCGGUUCGAGACUGGACGCUUUGCGAAUACGUGACGAAGCUUUGACGCGUGGUUUUUCGGUCCUAGCCUUUGACUGCUGUGGCUCCGGUCUGUCGGACGGUAUCUACGUGACUAUGGGCUGGAAUGAAGCCGUGGAUCUGUUUUUUGUGCUGCAGAGUGUUGAAAAAGACGCAUCUGUCUCGGAUGUUUGUCUCUAUGCACACAGUAUGGGAGCAUUCCCUGCCGUAACGAACUUGGCGCUUCGAGCCGCAGGAGCAGCGGAUAGAAAAAUGCAGGCUAAAGUGCAGACACUGCCGCAUGUGCUGCGCAGUGGACAGUCACCCAAGUUACUGAAGCCGAUUCGUGCUAUUGUGCUGGACAGUGGAUACGCAUCGAUGAUAGAGGUGAAUGAGGGUUUAUUACGGGAGAUGCAGCAGGAGGGUUUCUUUGUGCCUAAGACGGUCCUAAAGAUGGUCAUGAUCGCUAUUCACAAGAGUGUGAGAAAGCGCACUGAGGUCGAUAUCGAGCUUUUGCGUCCUGUAGACUAUGUAAAACUCUGCUAUGCCCCUGCGCUCUUUGUAGCUGCAAAUAACGAUCACUAUGUGUCCAAGAAACAAAGCGCUGAGCUUGCUAGCAAGUAUGCAGGGCCGUCUAAAAUGCUAUACGUCGAGGGAGAGCACUACGACCCGCGUGACCCCGCUACGUACGCGCAAGCCAUGGACUUCCUCUACAAUGCUAUGCAUCCAAAGAUGCAACGCUAA